GACUUCCAUGACGAGAUGUGCUCUCGCAACCCUCCGCACACGCCCCUGCAUUCAUGUCACACUCAAGCACUCACACACGCCCCUGCAUUCAUGGCACACUCAAGCACUCAGCACGAGCGUCAACAAACAAAGUGAGCGAGCGAAUCCAAGCGUGGUGACGACGACAAACGGCAACAACGACAAUGCCCAAGGUGCUUCCAGCGGCGCUGCGCAUGAUGCUGGUGGCGGCGGUGGCGGCGGUGGUGGUUGCAGGGCCGUUGUGGGGAUCCAGCUCCAGCGUAGCUCAUGCGAGCACCGUGGACAUGGCCAUGCCAACACCGACACCAUCAUCCUCCUCGCCAUGGCUUUCCUCAACGCCUGCAUCAUCCACAGCCACCAAGCCCGUGUCCAGCAGCACCACCAGCACCAGCACCAGCACCACGACCAGCACGGCCACGAAUGUCAUUGCUGGCUCUGUGCUCGUAGAGUUUCCAGACAAUUUGAUCGCAAUCGCGCUCAUCCUUCCACUCAAGGAUGCCCUCGCCAACGCCUCCAACGUGGACACCACUGCUGCCGUCACCAUCGGAUCCGUAUCAGUCGCCACGGAUCUUGCUGGCACCAACCCUAACACCAGCACCUACAGCAUCGCAUACGAGGUGCAUCGUGUGGCUGUGACGGAGACUGAGCAGGCCGUUACCCAACUUACACAGCACAUCAACAAAGGCGAUGUGGAGACGCAAGUGAGUCGUGAGGUCGGUGUUGCCGUCUCCAUCACCAUCAAGGACGCGCCUAGCAUCGUCACACGACCAACGAGCACACAACAAGGAGGCAGAGGAAACACCAUCGAGUCGACGACCACAAUAGCAACCACAGCAACGGAUGAUGCAGGGUCAAACACCUUGACCAUCACCACCACCUUCGACGGGCUGCCAGCUGGCGCUUCUCUCACCGUUGCCCAGCAGCGCUCACUCACCAACACCUUCCUGACAUCCAUUGGCCUGUCAGCAUCGCAGGUGCUUGUGAGCAUUGAUGUCGCCGUGCGCGGCACUGCAGUCGUGUUCACGCGCGUUGUGUCGACACGCCCCUCCGACACCAGCCUCGCCGCUGAGGAAACCCUCACCCUGCCAGCCGCUGUCACCACACGCGAGGGGAACGUGCAGCUGGUGUCGCUCGCAGCAGCGAGCGUGGACGUGGCCGACUAUGAAGGUGACCCAUCCGCCGGCGGCAGCAGCAACGAGAUCUUGGGCCUGUCCAGCAACACCUUCCUUGGACUGAUGAUUGGCGUCACUCUGCUCGUGAUUCUCAUUGCAUACAUCGCGUUGAAGCCCGCGCCAGCGCACGAUCAGCAGCACGCCCCAGACAAAGAUGGCGAUUACCACCACCACGGCCAGCACCACUCUCCUCGCCGCCACAGCCACGCUCACCACCCCCACGUGCGCCGCCGCUCGAGCGUGUUUGCGUAUGAUGCGCAAAUCGCCAACACCCCGCGGUACGAGCUCGUCAACAGCAGCGAUGGUGGUGCUGACGGCAGCGCAGACGAUGUUGGGGUUGCCUGCAAGCAACGCCCGCAUGCGUCUCAGGCACAGAGCAGUGCCGGCUGGCGUCAGUUCAUUGAGAGCGGCGUGUUGCCGGAACGACAGUCCAUGCGUGGCCGCCAAGCAUCAAAGCAGCAGCAAUCGCCGCGAGCGAAUCGCAGGGACAGUGGAGAGCCAGUGACGACGUUUUGGAUGAUGGACGGGUCGCUCCACGACAUGGCACACACGCACGCACAUGCACUCGAGCACGACAUUGUGCCGCCCUUCGAUGCAUCAGACGGGGACUGGAGCGACGACAACGGAUACGCAGGCAACGAUGACGGUGACGGCAUGCACGACGCGUUUGAUGACAAAGCAAGAUACGCGGCAGAGUACCUGGAGGUGGAGACGGACCACGAGGACGACGAGGACAACUGAGGCCGCAUGGUGACAUCGUGAGGCGGCGAAACAGUGACUUCAAAUCGUGGCCAUGAUGAUGAUGACGUGGUGGCGUCGUGAGAGGGUGAUGCGAAAUGCAUCGAGGAGGGAAGAUGGGCUUCUUGAUUGUCUCAUACAGAUGUAGGAUGUGCAGUGCGCUGGAGUGCAAUUACACUGUGUGUGUUUGCGUUGUGUCAUGCAGUGAUGCGAAAUCCCCUGCUGUGCGUAUGUGUGGCCAGCAGCGUGUUGGGCACGGCAAUGUGGAAAUUGGCAUGCGCACUUGUGCACUUGUGCUGUCGUGCUGUUGUAAUGGAUGGAUACUUGGAGAGGGUAGUAAAGCUGACGAAUUGUCACACUCACAUCAAUGCAACAAAACUCGAC